AUGCUACGUUUAGAAAAGCUUCUGGAGGAGCGGAAGAAAGUUGAAGCAUUUAGUAGAGAGUUGCCACUAGCAUUGGCUUUGUUAAACGAAGCCAUAUCCGAAGCACGGAGGAGCAUCAGCCAGAGCAGCAGUCCCACAGGCACAGCGGCCCGAGGCAGCACGGAUCCGAAACGUGCUGCUUCUGCAGAUAGAGGCGAUUCAUGCAAGCGAAUCCCAUGCCAAGGCAGGCUGAGUUUGCCCGUGGGUGGAGGUUUUGGGGAAGUUGAGAGUACUUGCGAGGAAGGGGUGGGAAGGAGGGUGGGGACAGAGGCGGUGGAUGCGGAAGGAGAGGAGGAUAGAGACCGUGAGGCUGAGAGGAAAAGGGUGAGAGAGGGAGAAGAGGAGGUUGGAGAAGACGAGAACGGAGAUGGAUAUGGGGAGGAAUUUGGAGGCCUUUUUGCAGCAAGGCAGAGAGACAGAAACACUAUGGCUGCGUAUGGGGAUUGCGUGGGAGGAAGUAGGGAAACUGAUAGGAUCGAGGAAGAUGAAGGGAGCGAAAAUGAUAAUGGGAGUGAGGGGAAUGGAGUGGGUGGCCAAGUGGGUAGUGGGGGGGUAGUAGGAAGGCGAAGGAGACGGGCAGUGAGUGAUGUUGAGGGCAGUGGGAGAAAGCGACACAAGCAGGAUGAGGCAGGAGGCGGAGAGCAUGCACGAGGCAGAGAGCAGGAAUGUGGGCCAUUAGACCUGGCAGCUUCGCCGGUGUUGAAAUACAGUGCGAGAGAGGGGCGUGGGGAAAACGAUGGCAGGGGGGUUCAGCGAGACUGGCUAGUGGAGCGGCGAGACCAAGAAGACGCUGGUGGGUCGAGCAGGCAUGAGGGGAACACGCAUUUGGGAUUGGCGGAUGAAGAGGGUAAAAUGCGAGCAAGCGAGGAAGACCGGAGCCUCUUGCUCACUGCAGCAGGACUCUCUCUUUGCCUUGGGGAUUCCACCGGAAAGCGCUUUGGUGGUGGCGGUGAUGGUGUUGGCGCUGCGGAUGUUUCCACAGCAAUAUGUGUCGGCAUAAGCGCGGGAGGAGAAACUAUGGGGUGUGGUCGUGAUGGUAUAGGCGAUGCUGCUGCCAUGGGUACUGCUGGUUGUGCCGUUGCUGCUUCUGAUGCUACUACCUUUCAUGCAAAGGCUGUGAGCGGCAUAACUGAGAAAGGAGGAGAGGUGGCAGCAAAGAGCAGGAUGGGCGUGUCAGGAGGAAGCACAUGCGGUGUGGGGGAAGUUCAGCUUGACGUGGGAAGGAUUUGGAGCAGAGGAGCAAGGGAAGGACAGGGGGAAGGGCACAAUGAAGGGGCGGCUUUGCUGGAUGGCAGUAGAGGAGUAAAGGAGAGUGGACGGGUGGAGCAACAAGGGGACGAUGCUCCCUGUGCUGGUGGAGAAGCGGCUGCAGCCGCUGGCUUUUCCGGUGCUGGUGCUGGCGCGUCCGGUGCUGCUGGUGGUGGUGGUGCUGGUGAUGGUGCUGCUGAUUCUGGUCUCGGAAGAAUAGGGGAGGUGGGCAGUGGGUCCGGUUUAGGGUGGCAACAAAGGAUGGUAAACCGGGUCCUGGUAUCAACGAGUAAUGGUCGUGCCGACCGUGCGAAUAGAGAAGGAGACCUCUCACAGCGGAGCAAGAGUAGGGAGGCAACAGAAAGGAAAAAUAUUUGGCUUUCUGUGGCACGGGAGGGCACAUUUGGGGGAGGUGGAUCUGCUGCAAACAGCCACGGGAAAGAAAGGGCGGUACGUGCAUCAUCAGAAAACCGAAGGUUGAGAGACAGCAGAGGAGUAGCAGAGGCAGGUACAAGUGGGGCAGGCUUAAGUGAGGCAGCGCACUCUGAUGGAAGAAGCCAUGAGAGGGAGAGGGCCCAGCAGGUGUUGGCAGAGAGCCAAACUGCGAGACGAGUAGAGAGUAGCGGAGGAGGGGAGCUCAAGGACGGCAGGAGAUCGAGAAGUGGUAAAAGCAGUGGACGGAGCGAGGAGCAGCAGAGUGAGAUGGGCACUAGCUGUGAAUCUGGGAGGGAGAGAGGGAGUGAAGAAGAUGGAGGAAGCAGAGGGGAAGGGGGGGGUGGAGAGGCGAGAGGGCGUGGAGGAGAGAGGGGGAGCGGCAAGGAGAGGGGGAGUGAAGGGGAUAAGGGAAGCGGCGGGGAGAAGGAGAGUGGAAACAGUGGAGGAGGGGCGAGAGGUGCAGCUGCAGCUCGGAAGCACAGGAGGACAUGUUUCCAUUCCAUGUGCCUUUCCAUCCUCUCAUUUCCAUUAUUCUCUCAAUCUCUCGAUCCCAUCCACGCUCCACUCGCUUCCUCCCUCACGGCAGUGGCCACACCGAAGCAGAUCAACGCGCUGAUGAAGGUGGACGGGCUCACCAACGAUGAGAUCAAGAGCCACCUGCAGGUGAGGAUGCUGGCAGGUGAGGAUGCUGGCAGUCACGCCCAACCUCGGAAUCUAGCACCACCAAAUGCACCCCCAGCUUCGGCAGCAGUUUCGGCAUCCGCAGCUGCUGCUGGACCCUCAGCACAGCUGCUUGUGCUGGGCGGCAUUCUAGUUCCUUCUAUGCAAUCAGGAGCUGCACGGGUGGCGGCCACUCCUCACUCGUUCAUCCCUUCUCCUCAUGGGGCCUUUGUGAGACCUGUUCCUCGCGCUGCUUUACCUCCUGUAUGCACUGUUGAAGGAGAGGUGGGGCAGAAUGGACGGAGCAGUUCGUAA